CUACCCACGAAACCCCAUUCACUUUCACAUCAAAUCUAUGCCAUUUCCGAUAAUAAUACUCUCUAAAUUUUCUACAUAAUCACGAUGAAGCUUGUUUGGUCUCCAGAAACCGCCUCUAAAGCUUACAUAGACACAGUAAAAUCAUGUGAAAAUUUCAAAGAAUCCAGCGUAGCCGAACUCCUCUCAGCCAUGGCUGCUGGUUGGAACGCAAAGUUGAUUGUCGAAGCCUGGUCCUGCGGCGGUCCAAUAGCAACCAGUAUCGGCCUAGCUGUAGCCGCUCGUCACACCUCUGCACGACACGUGUGCGUAGUCCCCGAUGAACGUUCAAGAUUAGCGUAUGUUAAAGGCAUGUACGAAGCAGGCAUAGCAGCAACAGAAGUGAUAGUAAGAGAAGCAGAAGAGGCGAUGGCGGAACUGGUGGGUGUAGAUUUCUUGGUGGUUGAUUGUAAGCGUAAAGAUUUUGGUAGGGUCUUGAGGUUUGCAGAGUUUAGUAAUAAAGGGGCAGUUUUAGUUUGCAAAAAUGCAUGUCAAAGGAGUUGUGGUAGCAGUAAUAUUUCUGGGUUAAGAUGGAACGUGGUUCUGGAGAGAGGGUUACGUGUCGUAAGAUCGGUGCUCUUGCCGGUAGGUCAGGGAUUAGACAUGGCUCACGUAGGGAGUAAUGUCCGGGGAGAGAAUUUAAAGAAGAGUCCUACUCGUAGCCGUUGGAUCAAGCAUAUUGAUCAACGAUCGGGUGAGGAGCAUUUGUUUCGAGGAUAAUUUUGAGCAGAUGUUGACUGAGUGUAUUUUGGCCAAGUUUGAAAAUAUCUUCUACAUCCCUGUACGAAGUCAAGAUCAGAGGAUGUAAUUGAUAUUUUCCUUUUUGUAAUUCAGGAGCUCUCAAUCUCCAUAGUUCAAGGCUUCAAGCCUCUUCUAUGGCAGGAAUUUUAGUAUGAAUAAUGUAAAUAUUUGCACAUUUAAUAAUAAUUAUUUGUGUUUGUAUCA